AUUAGGGUUCUAGUAGCCCCCUCUUCAUUUCAGAGAGAGAACACACAAAGAGAGAAAAUGCCGGCUGGUCAUGGUGUUCGUUCUCGGACGCGAGAUCUCUUUGCUAGGCCCUUCAGGAAGAAGGGUUACAUUGCCCUCACCACCUACCUGAGGACCUUCAAGGUCGGUGACUAUGUCGAUGUCAAGGUUAACGGCGCCAUUCACAAGGGUAUGCCGCAUAAGUUCUACCAUGGCCGCACCGGUCGUGUCUGGAAUGUCACCAAGCGCGCUAUUGGAGUCGAGAUCAACAAGCAGGUGGGUAACAGAAUAAUCAGGAAGAGGAUCCAUGUGCGUGUGGAGCAUGUCCAGCCCUCAAGGUGCACUGAGGAAUUCCGUCAAAGGAAGCUGAAGAAUGAUCAACUGAAGGCUGAGGCAAAGGCUAAAGGUGAGGUCAUUAGCACAAAGAGACAGCCCAAGGGCCCCAAACCAGGUUUCAUGGUGGAAGGUGCAACAUUGGAAACUGUGACACCCAUUCCGUAUGAUGUCGUCAAUGAUCUUAAGGGUGGUUAUUAGGUCAUUGCUACUGUUUUUUGGUCGGUUCUUUGUUAGUUUCUUAACUUUGAAAAACAGUAUUUUGAAUUUUUGCUUCAGCAGACUCUAGUUUAUUUUCAUUUGGUCUUAAAUACAUGGAUGGUUCUGUAUGCUUUAUUACAAUUUUGGUUGGAUGCUGGAAUCAUAUUUCAAACGGUUUUUGAAA